ACUUCACCAGUUCACCCACUAGGACUAGGAGCAGGAGAGGGGAGAGAAAACCUCGCCGUCAAUGUCAGCGUUCGUUCCCAAGGGCGCUAGGGUUUAACCCCCCAACUGUUCGGUCUCUCUCUCUCCCCGAAUCCAAUUCAGCGUCAUCUAGUCCGGGAGCCUGCGACAUGGGGUACCUCCAGGAGGCCCGGGAGAAUCACGUCAAGAAGAAGGUCGAGGAAGCUUUGCGGAGCAAAAUGAAACAAAAGGCUCUUCAGGAAUGUGAUUUCUAUUGUUCAAAAUAUGCUGAGUGUGCACGGGGAAGAACAUUUUCUGUGGUAUGGCAAUGCCGCAAACAAGCAAAAGAGUUGAAUGAGUGCCUUCAUCAAUACACAAAUGAUGCAAUCCUGGAAGAAAUGAAGAAGGCUUAUAUGAUUGAGCAAAAGAGCAAGGAGAUAAAUCAAUAAGCAAAAAUCCAAUGCGCAAUGUGCAUCACAAUCACCCUGCUUGUAUGUAUACUGUUGCCUUUGAUAGAUACUAUUCAUGGGUAGUGUUGCAAACAUUGUUCUCCCCACAUGCAUAACCUGAUACUAGUAUUGGGUGGCAAACUGGCAAUCUUGCUGUUUCUGUCGAACAUGCGAUAUAAGUUGUUUUCUUCUGCUGCAAUUUUCAUCC